GCCGCCCGCGCCGGCCGCGCUCGUGCCGUGCUUAUCGCUGGAUGUGUUUCGUUAUCAAGUGUGUGAAAAUUAUAAACUUAGCAUUUGUUAUUGAAUCCAAUCAUCUGUGGCGGCGAUAGCAAAUAUAUCUAUCGUCUUUCUACAGUCUGCAACUGAGUUCGCGCUGGAUUAACGGACGAGGACGAUUGAAACUACUAUCGGUAUAUCACCCUCCAGUCAUCUGCCCACCAACCGAUCACUACGUUGUGACGCAGUCUAAAAGUAUUUUUAAGGUUUCAUCAGAGACGCUGACUCUACACUAAGUAGUUGGGUGGGGCGUCUCAGAUCCGUCGCGCUGCGCCGGAGUUGAAGAUGCAGUGAGGCGGUGGGAGCGCCAUGGAGGACCCGCGGCGCGAGGAGCACGAGGCGGCCUGCGCGCGCGCCAACAACAGCACCGCGCCGCCCGCAGAGGUGUACUGCGAGGGCACGUUCGACAGCUGGGUGUGCUGGCCGCACACGGCCGCCAACGCCACCGCCUUCGCGCCCUGCCCCGACUUCGUGCCCGGCUUCCGCCCCGAGCUACUCGCGCACAAGGAGUGCACCGCCAACGGCACCUGGUGGCGCCACCCGCAGACCGGCAACCCCUGGUCCAACUACACCACCUGCUACAAGCCCGAAGAUGAUGUCAGUGACAUCAUCGUGGUGUACGAGACUGGUUACAGCGUCUCAUUAAUCGCGCUUCUCCUGUCGCUCGGGAUAUUAUCUUACUUCAAGAGCUUGCGGUGCGCGCGGAUCACGGUGCACAUGAACCUGUUCGCGUCGUUCGCGCUCAACAACGCGCUGUGGCUGGCGUGGUACGCGCUGGUGGUGCGCGCGCCCGCCACGCUGGCCGCGUCGCCCGCCUGGUGCCGCGCGCUCAACGCCGCGCUGCAGUACGCGCUGCUCACCAACUACACGUGGAUGCUGUGCGAGGGCCUGUACCUGCACACGGUGCUGGUGAGCGCCUUCGUGUCGGAGCGGCGCCUGGUGCGCGCGCUGCUGGCGGCCGGCUGGCUGCUGCCGGCGCCCUUCGCCGCCGUGCACGCCGCGCGCCGCGCGCUGGGCGCCGAGCCGCUGUGCUGGGCCGACGAGGGCGCGCCGCGGCCCGAGCUGGCCGUGCUGGUGUGCGUGGCCGUGCUGCUCAACCUCGGCUUCCUGUGCAACAUCGUGCGCGUGCUGUGCACCAAGCUGCGCGCCGGCGGCGGCGUGGGCGGCGGCGCGGGCUCGCAGCGGCCCUCGGCCACGGCGCUGCACGCGCUGCGCGCCACGUGCCUGCUGGCGCCGCUGCUGGGCCUGCAGUACCUGCUGACGCCCUUCCGGCCGCCGCGCACGGCGCGCUACUGGCUGGCCUACGAGUACGUGUCGGCGCUGAGCACGUCGCUGCAGGGCCUGUGCGUGGCCGUGCUGUACUGCUUCUGCAACGGCGAGGUGCUGGCGCAGCUGCGGCGGCGCUGGCGCGUGCUGACGUUCCGGCCGCGCGCCAACUCCACCACCAACACCACGGUCUCGUUCGUGCGCUCGGGGGCGCCGGGCGCCGGCGAGGACAAGGUGUGACUGGCGGCGGGCGGCGAGGCGGCGGCGGCGG